AUGGGCGAUCUAUACGACAAAACAGUAGAAAAAAGAAAGUACCUGGAAAGUGAAGGCUAUACUUACAGAUGCAUAUGGGAAUCAGACUUUGACAAACUGUUAAAAGAAGACCAACAUAUGAAAACUUUUGUAGACCAGCUGGAUAUAGUUACACCUUUAGAACCACGCGAUGCCUUUUAUGGAGGGCGUACAGAGGCAUACACCAUGUAUAAAGAAGCUACAGUUGACGAGAAUAUCAAAUAUUAUGAUGUUACCUCCCUGUACCCCUGUAUCAACAAAACUGGUAAAAUACCAUUAGGACACCCUGACAUCAUCACAGAUGACUUCACUUCAUUGGACGAUUACGAAGGCCUAAUGAAGUGUAAAGUAUUACCUCCAAGGAACCUUUUUCAUCCUGUGCUACCUUGUAGAAACCACAACAAGCUCCUGUUUCAACUCUGUAAAACCUGUACAGAGACUAAAUAUCAGGGUAAAUGUAAUCAUACGAAUGAGGAACGUUCGUUCAUUGGCACCUGGGUUACAGACGAAAUAAAAACGGCUGUACGAAAAGGGUACACAAUUGUGAAAAUCUACGAAGUUUGGCACUUUGACAAACUAUCACAAUAUGAUCCAAUUACAAAGACUGGUGGUUUAUUUAAAGAAUACGUCAACAAAUUUCUAAAAAUAAAGCAGGAAGCUAGCGGAUGGCCAAAGUGGUGUCAAACAGAAGAAGAUAAACGAAAAUAUAUAAACAUGUACCACCAAAGAGAAGGAAUUCUUCUUGAAUACAACAAGAUUAAGAAAAACCCAGGUAUGCGUGCCUUAGCAAAGCUUAUGCUAAACUCUUUCUGGCGAAAGUUUGGACAAAGAUCAAAUAUGGAGCAAGUGGACUAUGUUACCGAACCAAGUAUUUACUUCGAUAAGCUAACAUCGGACCAGGAAGAUGUAACUGCGGUAAACUAUGUAUCUAACGAAAUGGUUGAAAUGCGCUGGAAGUAUGCAGGUGAUUUCGUAGAUUCAAAUACAAAAACGAAUGUCGUUAUAGCGGCUUAUACAACGGCUCAAGCUCGCUUAAAGCUUUAUUCCUAUUUAGACAGUCUGGGUAAUAGGGCUUUGUAUGCAGACACUGACUCAGUGAUAUUUACAACAAAGGAUGGUGAGCAGACACCUGUUCUAGAUGAUUAUCUCGGUGGCCUGACAGAUGAGGUGCCAAACAACGAAAUUCAAACUUUCAUGACAGGCGGUGCAAAAAAAUACGCAUACAAGCUACAAAAACCUGACGAGAAUGGAAUGUAUACACACUGCAAGAUAAGAGGCAUUACCUUAAAUUGCAAAAACUUGUUAAAUGUGAACUUUGAAGUGUUAAAGAAAUUUGUGACAAAAACGCCAUUGGGUAAAGUAUCAGUUGUAGAUGCAAACAAAAUCUCAAGAGCAAGAGAUACUGCCCAACUAGUAACUGUAUCAGAAAGGAAAGACUAUCAAAUAGUGUUUGAUAAGAGAGUGAUUAGAGAAAAUUACGUUUCCUAUCCAUAUGGGUUUUAG